CCACCCACGUGUGCUACAAAUAAAGCUACCUAGCUAGGGAGCUUUUGCAUUUUCUAAGAGUAUGGGUCGCUCUAGGCGGACGAAAAGCGGCCCACCGACCGUCCGAGGUCCAGGGAGGAAGUCGAGGAAGCAACGGGAGCCAGUCCUACCUCGCGGCUUGCAGCAGGUAUCACGUGAACACGGUCUCGGAGUGAGGAAGUUAGUGGGCGGACGGAUACGACAGAGAGCGAGGCAGAGAGCGAUGAAACAGGCCUUGAAGAGAGCGUGGGAAGAGAGGGCCGCUGAACGGAGAAAGGCCAAGGAAAGAGAGAGAACUGUGCAGAAACAGCAAGAGGAGGAGGAGGAGGAGGAGGAAGAGGGGGAAGGUUCGGGAAGCGACGUGGUGUCAUCGCCUCCUACAACUCCAACUGGCUUCUCUGACCAGAACAAGAAGUGGCUCAAACCGGCUGGGAAGAAGACAAAGAACAAAGAGAAGAGGAAGGCUGGACACAGCCUCUCCCAGAAAACCGAUCUCCCAAACGGAAGUGGUGGAGACAGCGACCAUGAAUCUGAGAGAGAGGAAAAUGGAAGUUUACCUGAAGACCAGAGCGAGGGAGGGAGCGAGGAAGAGGAACAACUGUACGAUACUAGUGAAGACGAGAAUUUCAGAGAAUUAAUGAUGAGCAGCAGUGAUUGCAGCAAGGAGGAAGAAGAGGGGGAGGAGGAGGAAGAGGAGGAGGAUGAACUGGAAAUUGAGAAGAAAUCAAGAAAGUUGGAUCGUCGAAGAGCCAGAGACAGGCAGCUGGAGAAGGAAGAGAUGGUUUCCGGGGAAACGGAGAUCUACCACCUCCCUACAAUGGAGGAGAUGGAAUCCGAGGAAUGCCUGGAUUUGGCCGACAUACAGCAUCGCAUACGAGAAAUUGUCCACGUCCUGUGCAACUUUUCAAAGUUGCGUGAGCCGGCCCGACGACGUCCAGAGUAUCUCGCCGUGCUGGCUCGCGACCUUUCGACCUAUUACGGCUACAACGACUUCCUGGUGUCAAAGAUGAUGCAGCUGUUCCCAGUCUCGGAGCUGGUGGAGGUGAUGGAGGCGUGCGAGACUCCACGGCCGGUCACGAUCCGCACCAACUCCCUCAAGACCCGGAGGAGAGACCUCGCCCAGGCGCUCAUCGCUCGCGGGGUGAACCUUGACCCCGUCGGAAAGUGGUCAAAGGUGGGUUUGGUCGUGUACGACAGCCCAGUUCCAAUUGGAGCCACCCCCGAAUACCUAGCGGGUCACUACAUGCUGCAAGGUGCCUCGUCCUUGUUGCCUGUAAUGGCGCUUGCACCCCACGAGAACGAGAAGGUUCUGGAUCUCUGUGCCGCACCCGGAGGAAAGGCUAGCUAUAUCGGAGCCCUGAUGAAGAAUACGGGUAUGCUUAUGGCAAAUGACGCAAACAAAGAUCGCUGCAAGGCAGUGGUUGGAAACUUGCACCGACUCGGUAUCCACAAUUCAAUCGUCUGUACCUACGACGGUCGGAAAUUCCCAAAAAUCAUGCGCGGAUUUGACCGAGUUCUGUGUGACGCACCCUGCAGUGGUACGGGAGUCAUUUCGAAAGACUCGUCAGUCAAAACGAGCAAGGGUGAGGAGGACGUUGAGAGGUGCUCUCGGCUCCAAAAAGAGCUCAUUCUCGCCGCAAUCGAUUGCCUCGAUGCCAAAUCCUCUUCUGGAGGCUACGUGGUGUACUCAACCUGCUCGAUAUUGGUGGAGGAAGACGAGAGUGUGGUGAAUUAUGCUCUCGGUAAACGACACGUGAAAGUGGUACCAACUGGGCUCGAUUUCGGGGUGAACGGAUUUACAAAGUACCGCGAGAAGAGGUUUCAUCCGUCUUUGGUUCACACGCGACGGUACUAUCCACACACCCACAAUAUGGACGGGUUCUUUGUUGCCAAACUGAAGAAACUUUCCAACGGAAUCCCUAAUGCUGUCAAGGUUGAGCAAAGUAAGGCAGAGGAGAGGGCAGCAGUAGUCAAGAUAUGGAGAGUGAAGAUGGGGAGGAAGAAGAGGAGGGAGUGGAGGAGGAGGAAGAGGAGGGAGGAGGAGGAGGAAGAGGAGGGAGAGGAGGAGGAG